UUGCAGAUCCAAACUCAGAACUGAGCCCGUGAAUUGAUGAUUGACUGAUUGAUUGAUCAACUGACUGAAUAUAUCUAAUGAUUGCUGGGCAGUAAACCGCAACAGCCGAAAACGAAUCAGCAUCAGAAUCAUCCGCAACUAUAUUGAGCAUUUGUUCGUUUGAGCCAGAGAGAAGAACAAGAAGAAGAAGCAGAAGAAGAAGGGGAAUAAGCGGCCGAGAAGAUGGCGCGUCACAUAAUGGCCGUUUGUGUGGUCUGCCUCCUGUGUGCCCAUCGCCUGCACUGCCAGGAUCAUGUGGAGAGCCUGCUCGCAGGCGCCACCGUGCGGCACAGCCAGGAGCAGCUAAAUGCGCGCGUCUACACCAGUCUCUCCAGUCCCUCCAGUGAAACCACCGAUCAGAGACAGCAACUAGCUAUCGACGAUACCCAGAAUUACAGCACAAGUCCGCCCUCGAGAAGAGACAAGCGGCAUGCGGAGCAUGGCCCCAGCCAUGGCCAUGGCCAUUCCGAGCCACAUGUCCCGCAGCUCACCAAGUACUUUCUCGACAAGCUGAUGGCCGAGCAGGAGGCGAUGGACAGCAGUGGCUUCAACAGUUUCCUGCAGCAGAUAAACCUGCCCUCGAUGGUCUCCAGCGAGGGAACCUGCGUGCCUGCUAGUCGCCUGGUGCAACAUGUCCAGCCCCACGAUCUCUCCCAUCACAGUCACAGCCACAGCCAUAGCGAGGAGUCGGAAGGAGAGGAGCUCCAGCUAAAGAACUGCACCCUGGGCAACAAUGGCACCAACUCCAACAUUGUAUGCCCACCCCUGCUGCCACACAACAGCAGCAGCAGCAGCUCCCAACAUAUGCCAGAGGAACCCGCAAACUAUACACUCAGCGAACGAGAUAUGCUCCAUCUGUGUCCUGUGCUGCUGCACGAACUGAGGGCACAGACCGGAGGCUGCAUAGAGCUGGAUGUGCUGGACGAGAUCGAUAGCACGGAGAAGUUGCUGGUCGGGGAAAAGGAUAUGUUCUACGUGUGGGUCUAUGCCUUCAUUUCGGUGUUUGCCUGCGGCAUCCUCGGCCUGGUCGGGGUGGCCAUCAUACCCUUUAUGGGCUCCCGGUAUUACAAGCACAUAAUCCAGUAUCUGGUGUCGUUGGCCGUGGGCACAAUGACAGGCGAUGCAUUGCUCCACUUACUGCCGCAUUCGCUGGCUGGACAGGAUGAGCGAGGCAUGAUCAUGAAGGGCUUGGGCUGCCUGGGCGGCAUCAUCUUCUUCUACAUAACAGAGCAUGCGCUGACGAUGAUCUCCGAGUGGCGGAAGAGCGUGGAGAAGAAGGAGACCAAGAAGCCAUCGCGUGCGAAGGUGAUGCGCGAUCCGGACUCGUCGGUGAACAACUCCGUGGCGGGGGACAAGAUCUGCAAGCAGAAGUACAGCUCCUAUCCGUACUGCUACGAUGAGAUUACGAUGAACAACAAGCAGAGCGAGUGGAUGCAUCUGCCCGGUGACGGUGUGGCUGCCUCUGCGGCAGGAGCAGGCGGCGAUGCGGCGUCCGCCUCUGAGAUACGCAAUGGACUCUCCGAUCACGAUGGCUCCAGUGAAAUGGCAGCAGCCGCAGAGUCGCUGCUCUCCACGCUGCACACAAACUGCGUGGAGAUGAACCACCACAACCACAAUCACAAGCAUAACAACCACCAGCAGCAGCAGCAGCAGCAUCAGGAGGCGCAGGAUAACAAUACCAUUGUCACGGAUCUGGAUGGGAAUGCCGUGUAUGCCGCCUCGAACAGCAACAAGGUGGCGGAUGGUGGCAAGGACGGCAAGAACGAUCAUGUGACAGUCAUUCUAAGGGAGCACGAGUCAUCGCAUCAUGGCCACAGCCAUCGGCAUGGGCACGUCCAUUCGCCGCCAGAGACGCUGAGCGCCGUGGCCUGGAUGAUCAUCAUGGGCGAUGGGCUGCAUAACUUCACCGAUGGCAUGGCCAUUGGAGCGGCAUUCGCCGAGAAUAUUGCCGGUGGCUUUUCCACCUCGCUCGCCGUCUUCUGUCACGAGCUGCCCCACGAGCUGGGCGACUUUGCCAUUCUGAUGAAGGCGGGCAUGUCUGUGAAAUCGGCUGUGUACUACAAUCUGUUGACGGGUGUCCUCAGCUUCAUUGGCAUGAUCUUUGGCAUUGCCUUUGGCCAGUCGCAGGAUGUGGCCCAAUGGAUGUUUGCCGUAGCAGCGGGUCUCUUUAUAUACAUUGCCCUGGUCGAUAUGAUGCCUGAGAUAUCGGCCUCACACAAGUCCCUGGCCCAGUUCCUGCUGCAGAUACUGGGCAUGCUCAGUGGCGUGGGAAUCAUGCUGAUUAUUGCCCUCUUCGAGGGCGAUCUGAUGAACGUAUUUGGCACCGCGCCGCCCAGUGCCGCCCACCAUCAGCACGUGCAUUAGAGCGAGUAGCCAGUGGCAAGUAGGGAGGGGAGCAACCAACCACCAACCAGCAACUACCAACCGCAGCGAAUCUUAUAGCGUAGCGUAUUAUGUGAAUUGCAGCGAAUUUUGUGUAUUAACUGCAUUUUUUUUUGCUUUCCGUCAGGUCUAGGAUUUUUGGUUUCAAUUAUUAUUUGUUUAAUUUUUUGUUACACCUUGCACAUAUAUACACACACCACACACACACACAUACAGCUAGAUCAACAGGUUAUCAAUUAUAAAAAGAAAAAAGGCAUUUGUUAUCCAGUUUUUGAAACACCCACAAACAGGCAACAGGCAACAUGCAGCAUGCCACAUGCAAUGCGGUUCAUUUUUGUUCCUAACUUUUGCUACAAAACUGAAAAGGAGAGAAAACAUUUACAGAGAAUAGAGCGGAGAAUGUAUGGGCCUUGCGCUGGAGCACGGACCCACCGAUUACUGAUUACUGCUACACUAAAACGGAAACGGAAACAGAACCUUAACACUUACGAAACAUACGAUUGUAGGAUAUAUAUAUAUAUGUAUACAUAUACACUGGUACUAUAUGCAUACACACAUAUGUACACCAUAUGCAUGGGUACAUAUAGUUUUUUUUGUAUUUUGUAGUAGUCUAGGGUGCGCACGAGACGUUUACUUUACGCGAGUUUAACACACAUUCUGUAAGCAAAAUGUCAGCGAUUACUUAAAGAUUUCGAAGCUACAUGUUAUCUACAUUUGGAGAUCGAGCCAACCCCCCACCCAUUUAAGUUUAAUUUAUUAUCGUAUUUGUAAUACAUUUCAAACGAAAACUAUUCUAAAUGCACGCUCAUACAUAAUUUUGCCAACUCUCCUGAAACGAAAUUUCGUUUAAUUAUGAUUUAUUUUUGUAAUAAAACAAAUCGGAAAUAUAUAAUUGCAUUGCCCUUAUUUUAUGGUUUAAUUUUGCUUUGAUUUUGUAUGUUUAAUUUGCGCACACAAACUAACACGAAACGAAAGUGAUUGUGAUUCAAAAUGAGUAACUAAACAUUUGUAAAAUGUUGCGACUUUGAUGAGGAAACAAACACCCCACACCCCAAAAACCACACACCAUACACCACAUCCCCCCCCCCACAUACACAGAUCUGAAAACGAAACUACGAGUAUCACUUUAACUGAGCAACUAACAAUAUUUUCUAAAAAGCCCACACACUAUAUGCUAAAGAGGCAGUAAAACCUAUAGAUAUACCAUACACUUAGCUGUAAGCUCACUGAAAACUACGAAGAAUGGAAAUCAAAGGAUGCGGAGAACUUUGGAGAAAUUGAUGUAAAAUUACUUUGGUGAUAUCAAGCAAAAGGCAAUUGAAACGACUAAACGAAAUAAGUUUACAAUAAUAUUAAUUAAACAAAUAUAAAUGUAUGUGUGUCGUGUAAGUGUGCACCAGCACACGCAAAUUGGAGCGUAUUUUGCUACAUUUAAGUUUACCUUAAACAC